AGCUGACCGCCGCCGCCGCCGUGGAGAAGGAGUCGGCAAAGGGGGACCAGACCGCUGCGUUGACUCAGACCGUGCUUACAAUGACAUUGUGUUGAGAGCAAAAUGUUUCCUCUAAAGGAUGCCAAGCUUGGAGCCUUCACUUUCUUUGCUUCAGCACUUCCGCACGACGUAUGUGGCAGUAAUGGACUUCCACUCACUCCAAACUCCAUUCGAAUUCUUGGACGUUUUCAGAUCCUCAAAGCCAUUGCACACCCGACGCUCUGCCAGUAUGUGGACAUAUCGCGUGGAAAGCAUGAAAGACUGGUGGUUGUCACUGAGCACUACGAGAAGAGUUUGGAAGAUUUAUUAAAAGAAAGAAAGCCUACGAGUCCAGGAAGAGUACUACAAACAGCCUUUGAAGUGUUGGAAGGUCUAGAAUAUAUGAACAAAUACCGAAUGGUUCACAGAGCACUGGCACCUCAUAAUAUUCUCCUGGAUUGCGAGAAUCACGUCAAGCUGGCUAAGUUUGGCCUAUAUCACAUGACUGGUUAUGGAGCUGAUGUUGACUUUCCUAUUGGAUAUGCUUCAUACUUAGCACCUGAGGUCAUUGCGGAAGGAUUGGUGAAGCCCAGCGAUCACACUCAGAGCGAGAGGUUUUUACCCUCAGGCCCCAAAGCUGAUGUGUGGUCCCUUGGUGUGAUACUCUUUGAACUUUGUGUGGGUCGUAAACUGCUUCAAAACUUGGGCAUUUCCGAAAGGCUAAGAUUCAUUCUAAAUCUAGGUUGUGUAGAUGACAUUAAGACUGUAAUGGCAGAAGAGCAUGGCUGCUGUGAGAUUAUUAAGGAAUUACCCAGAGAUGUUUUAACACUGUUGGGAAAAUGCUUCACGUAUCACCCUUCUAAAAGGCCCUCCCCAGCUGAACUGCUGCAUGAUGAGUUAUUCAGUGAAGUGUCUGGUUUAUACAAACCAUAUUGCAAACCCGUCAGCCUAUUUUCAUCCUCUCUGCGUUGUGCUGAUCUAAUUAUUCCUGAGGACCUGGGAACUCUCUGUAAAGGUGAGGAAUAUCUUUUGGAGCGGUCUAUUGCCGAAGUCUAUUAUCUGUGGUGUUUGGCUGGCGGAGACUUGGAGAAGGAACUUACGAACAAAGGAAUAAUUCGUUCGAAACCACCCAUUUGCACUUUAUCAAACUUUAUACUGGAAGAUGGAGAAAGCUUUGGACAAGGACGGGAUAGAAGUUUUCUCUUGGACGAUACAACAGUAACACUGCCGUUAUGCCAACUCAGAAAUAGACUGAAAGAUGUUGCUGGAGAAGCAUUCUAUCCUCUGCUGGAAGAUGAGCAGUCCAAUAUGUCACCUUCAAACAGCAACCAUGAUCUAUCUGCAUCAGCCACACUGCCGCUCAUCAUUCGUGAGAGAGACACUGAAUAUCAACUGCACCGAAUCAUCCUUUUUGACAGGUUACUGAAGGCCUACCCGUACAAGAAGAUUCAGAUUUGGAAAGAAGCAAGGGUUGACAUCCCGCCAUUAGUGCGAGGCUUGGCCUGGGCUGCACUGCUGGGGGUGGAGGGAGAUAUUCAAGCAAAGUAUGAAGGAAUUGAUAAGGAUACCCCAAUACCAACAGACCGGCAGAUUGAGGUGGAUAUCCCGCGCUGCCAUCAGUAUGACGAGCUGCUGUCAUCGCCAGAGGGUCAUGGAAAGUUUAGACGUGUAUUAAAAGCCUGGGUCGUCUCCCAUCCAGAUCUUGUGUAUUGGCAAGGCUUAGACUCCUUGUGUGCACCCUUCUUGUACCUGAACUUCAACAAUGAAGCUUUGGCCUACGCUUGCAUGUCUGCUUUUAUUCCCAAAUAUCUGUACAACUUUUUUCUGAAGGACAAUUCUCAUGUUAUACAAGAGUACCUGACUGUGUUUUCCCAAAUGAUCGCUUUCCAUGACCCGGAGUUGAGUAAUCAUCUCAAUGAGAUUGGCUUCAUUCCAGAUCUCUAUGCCAUUCCUUGGUUCCUCACAAUGUUUACACAUGUGUUUCCAUUACACAAGAUUUUUCACUUGUGGGACACAUUGCUCCUGGGCAAUUCCUCGUUUCCCUUUUGUAUUGGGGUCGCUAUCCUUCAGCAGCUGCGAGUCAGGCUACUGGACAACGGGUUCAAUGAAUGCAUUCUGCUAUUUUCCGAUUUACCAGAAAUUGAUAUUGAGCGUUGUGUUCGAGAAUCCAUUAAUCUUUUCUGCUGGACACCUAAAAGUGCCACAUACAGACAGCAUGCUCAACCACCCAAAGCUCCAGGUGAUGGCAAUGGAGCCACCAGAUCAUCUUACUACUCCUCAGACUAUCAGGACAUGCCCAAGACUGACCUGUCUCGUGAAUCUAUUAAACUGAAUGAACUGAAAGCCGAAGUAUCACCGCGGAUUUCUGCAGAAGAUCUCAUCGAUCUGUGCGAGUUGUCAGGAUCCAGCAACAUGAAGCUGCUCAACAAAAAGUCCAAGUCGGGGAAGCCAAAAAUCCUGGCGGUGGAUAUUCGCAACAACGAAGAAUUCAAUCGUGGCCACAUUAACGGCAGCAUAAAUAUUUCUUAUAAUUCUGCCUUCAGUACUGACGGUGAGCUGAUUCAGUGUGCGGCUACGUCCAUGUUGCAGAGUUUCAGGGGUCGUGUCAUUGUUGUCAUGGGCAAUGUGAUCAAGAGCACAGCUGAGUUUGCAGCUCACUUGGUGAAGCUGAGCUACCCACGAGUCUGCAUCUUGGACGGAGGGAUCAACAAGAUGAAGCCGACCGGCCUGCUGACAGUCCCUUCACCUCAGAUCUGAAUCUGUCCAAACAAAGCCUGGACAAAAGUAGCCGUCGGUGCUGGACAAGAGGAAGUUAACAUCUGUGUUAAUGCAGCGUCAGCAAUUGUGGCUGAAAUCCCAGGCUGUGUGUGGUCAUUGACUCAGUGUACUGAUGUGGUUAUA